AUGGAUGAUGCCGUAGAAAUCUACAACGUACCCUACGUCGAAAAUGGCCACACGAGACAGAAACUCGAUCUCUUUCUCCCCCAGGGUAGUAAUCAACGACCUUUGAUCAUCUAUAUUCACGGCGGAGCAUUCCUCUUUGGAACCAAAGAGACCGAACUCGUUCCCAGACACCUGCAAACCAAAGGCUACGCCGUUGCCUCCCUCGACUACCGACUCAGUGGAGACGCGUACUUUCCGGCAGCAUUGGAAGAUUGCAAGUCGGCGGUCCGUUGGCUCCGGGCACAUGCCGACAUGUACAGAUUGGAUCCAGAUCAAUUCGUUGCUUGGGGUGAAUCCGCGGGUGGUCAUCAAGCAGCGAUGCUGGGAACGACCGACACAACCAAGGAAUUCGAUGUCGGGGAAUACCUGAACGUAUCCAGCGCAGUCCAAGGCGUGGUGGACUACUAUGCCCCCUCCGAUUUUCUCCAGAUGGACGACCACGCACUACCGGGAACUCGUCCCCACAAUGCCCCAAAUUCGCCCGAAUCCCGAUACCUAGGGGGCACUAUCACUGAGCACCCGGAUAGAGUCAAGAGAGCAAAUCCCAUGACCUACGUAUCCGCCUCGACACCUCCAUUCUUCAUUGCCCACGGUACGGACGAUCAUACAGUUCCCUUCCACCAGAGCGAACUACUCGUCGCAGCAUUGAAAGAAGCCGGCGUCCCUGUGAUCUUUCACCCAGUGGAUGGAGCCGACCACCUGUUUCGAGGAAUGACCCCCGAGCAGGAUCAUUUCCUCAAUGAAGCUACGGAGAAGUUCCUGGACGACGUGUUUGCAGGGAACGUGCCAAAAUAG